AUGUCGGCCGCCUUCGAACUUGCCCGCACCUCAGAGGAAGAGCGAAUUCAGGACCUCUCCAUUUCCAGCUCGAUCAAGACCUUGCAGGGCCUGACUUCCACGAUCAUUCCGGAGGCGAAGAAGAAACAGGUCACAGCUCCUCAAGAGCCCUUCUUCGGAGUCGGACUUUCCGUGUCUCACAAGACUCUGCAAGUUGAGGAUGUCGUGCAAGGCUGGGCCUCUGCAAGCUGCGGGCUGAUCUGCGUCGGCGACCGGCUGUUGUCUAUCGAUGGGAGGGAGGUCGAAGACAUUGAAGAUGUCAAACGACUCAUACCCGGGAGGUUGAUAGCAACCCUAGAGCACAACAAGAUGACAGAAGACUUGGAAGACCUUGCGGUUCGGAGCUCGCAGGAGAUCUCCGCGUUGAAGUCGGAGAUCGAGCGACUGCGAUCAGAACUCCGUUCCAGUCAAGAAGCCCAAGGCCGAACCAGCCUUGCGUGCAAGUCCGCGAUCGCUGAAAUGGAGCCUCUACGCGAUGAGGUCUGGAGAGUCUACGAGACCCUCGCGAGAACUCAAAGGGAGCACAACGAGCUGAGCAAGUCCAUCGACAGUUACAAGAAAUGCCUUGAGUGCGCCCGGCACAGGGGGAGGGAGGACAAGCAGUUUGUGUACUACAACGAGAUAGGAGAGAUGCUGUUCCAGCUGGGAGACUACCUGGGGGCCAUCGGCAGCCAUUCACAAGCGGUGGACAUAGCGAGACGGACAGCGAUGGAUAAGAUUCAACUGACAGACUGUCGGCUGAAGAUGGCGUUUAACUACAUGAGAUUGAAGGAGUUCAAGACUGCCCAGGAUCUGUUUGAAAGCUGCCGUGAGGAUUACGUGAUGCUGUAUGGCGAAGACCAUCCCAACGUGGUCACUACCAAAGAGCAGUUGGAUCUCUCCAUCAAGUCGCAGCCAAAAGAAGAAUGA